CGAAGGGUUUCUUCUUCUUCGCUUCUUGUCCCUAAAAGUCUUCUAUGUAUCAGCCAUGGCUACUCUGAAAACCUACAUCAUUGCCCAUAUUCUCUCAGCACCCACCAAACCCAUCACAGAAACCCAUAAACCCAAUUCACAUAAACCCAAUUCACUCUCGCUCUCUACUUCCCAACUCUUCUCCAAGCCAAACCCAUCACUGAGUUCAACAACCAUUUCCACCAAAAAGAGGCCAAAUUGGGUCACUAACUCGGUCACAGAGGACAGGGACUUGGUUGUGGCGCAGACUAGGGUUUCAUCUGGUCAAGAAGACGGACCCAGAGAUGGAAUUGGGAGAGAAUUGGAAGAAGAGAAGGGGGUGCUCUCUCAUGGGCCUGGGGACAAUGAUAAGUUCGUUGGUAGAGCAAUUAAUGCUGCUAUUGUUCUGGGUUUUGGUACCUUUGCAAUCACCAAGUUGCUCACCAUUGACCAUGACUACUGGCAUGGGUGGACUCUUUAUGAAGUCCUCAGGUAUGUGCCUGAACACAAUUGGACUGCAUAUGAAGAAGCUCUCAAAACCAAUCCAGUAUUAGCCAAAAUGAUGAUUAGUGGAGUGGUCUACUCUCUGGGAGAUUGGAUUGCACAAUGUUAUGAAGGAAAACCCCUUUUUGAAUUUGACAGAACGCGGAUGUUUAGGUCAGGCCUUGUGGGAUUCUUGCUCCAUGGAUCCCUUUCUCAUUAUUACUACCAGUUUUGUGAGGCUCUUUUCCCUUUUGACGACUGGUGGGUGGUCCCUGCAAAAGUUGCUUUUGACCAAACUGUGUGGGCUGCAACUUGGAACAGCAUCUAUUACGUGGUUCUGGGGUUCUUGCGUUUGGAAACCUCAGAAAAUAUUUUUGAUGAACUCAAAGCCACAUUUUGGCCCUUGUUGACUGCAGGGUGGAAGCUCUGGCCCUUUGCCCACCUAAUUACCUAUGGUGUGAUCCCUGUAGAGCAAAGACUUCUUUGGGUAGACUGCGUGGAGCUCAUAUGGGUAACCAUACUAUCGACAUACUCAAAUGAGAAAUCAGAAGCUCGGAUAUCAGAGGCAUCACCUGAAGCAAAGUCCAGUUCGAAGGAGUGACUAUGCCAAUGACUUGAAACCGCCUCCCACUGAUAUCGACCCCAGGUCGAUGAUUCUGCAGUCGCGGUCUGAAGAUACAUACCAGAUCAUCUUCUCCAUCGUUAGAAGUUAUAGAUAUGGUAAAUUGGGAGAACAAAUUCAUAAAUGGUGAUCUUCUCCUGGACGGAUUUAAGUGUCAUACUGGAGUGAGUUUGCUCUUACAAGCUGGCUAGAGAGACAUUGUUCUUGUUUUUGUUUCUCUUCUGUUCUUAGAGGAUGCUUUUUUGGCUUGUCUUUGAUCAGAAGAGCACACAACUCUUGUUUAUGGUUUGCAUUAUUAUAGGGAAAUGAACGAGGGAAUAAAAUUGUCUUUGGAGAAAUGUUAUUUGGACACUCAAUUGUGACACUUUUAAUGGCAUCCGUAUAUUAAUAAUUA